AUGGGUUGUGCCAUCUUGCGGACAGUGAAAUAAUGGAGCAUCCUUUCUUACAGGAUGUGCCACCUGUUGUGAAGUUCAGUAAAGUCAGCCUCUGUGCAGUGAUAACUGAAGACUUGCACACAGCGUUUUUUCCUCCCCUCUUUAGUGCACAGAAGCGUUUCAUUGAACACCAUUCAAUGCUCUUUACAACUCUGUAGAGCCAAUUGGUAUGAUCUUUCCCCUUGUUGAAGGACACAAACAUGGUGAUGAGUUUCCGUGUGUCGGACCUCCAGAUGUUGCUUGGAUUUGUUGGCCGGAGCAAGAGCGGCCUGAAACAUGAACUGGUAACGCGGGCCUUGCAGUUGGUCCAGUUUGACUGUAGCCCAGAACUGUUCAAGAAGAUCAAGGAGAUCUAUGAGACGCGUUACGCCAAGCUCUCUGACCCAGGGCAGCCUCCCCAGCCGCCCCCACAGCAGCAUCGACCACCUUCCGAAGCGCUCUCCAUCCACUCUCCCUAUGACCGCAGCAAUGCGGUUGCCCGGACUGCUCUCUCUACGCCCAGCAUAGACUAUCCUUCCCUCUACGGAAAGUACUUAAAUGGACUCGGACGGUUACCCGUCAAACCGGUGAAACUUGAAGUCCGGCUGGUAAAGCUUCCAUUCUACACCAUCUUGGAUGAACUGUUGAAACCCACUGAGCUUGUUCCGCAGAACAAUGAAAAGCUCCAGGAGAGCCCCUGCGUCUUUGCCCUAACGCCAAGGCAAGUGGAGCUGAUCAGAAAUUCCAGGGAGCUGCAGCCAGGUGUGCGAUCAGUCCAGGUUGUCCUCAGAAUCUGCUACACAGACACCAGUUGCCCUCAGGAAGACCAGUACCCUCCAAACAUUGCCGUAAAAGUGAAUCAUAGUUACUGUUCUGUCCCGGGCUAUUAUCCCUCAAACAAGCCAGGCGUGGAGCCCAAGAGGCCUUGUCGUCCAAUCAACCUCACACAUCUCAUGUACCUGUCUUCUGCAACCAACCGCAUCACUGUCAUUUGGGGCAAUUAUGGAAAGAGUUAUUCCGUGGGCCUCUUCCUUGUGCGACAGAUGACGUCGGCGGAGCUGCUGCAGAGGUUGAAAACGAUUGGCAUCAAGCACCCUGAGCUGUGCAAGGCGCUCGUCAAAGAGAAGUUGCGCCUGGAUCCAGAGAGCGAAAUCGCCACCACUGGUGUGAGGGUGUCUCUCAUAUGCCCGCUGGUGAAAAUGCGUCUGUCGGUGCCAUGUCGGGCUGAGACCUGUGCCCACCUGCAGUGCUUCGAUGCUGUCUUCUACCUGCAGAUGAACGAGAAGAAGCCCACGUGGAUGUGUCCAGUGUGUGACAAACCGGCCACUUACGACCAGCUUAUGAUUGACGGGCUCCUGUCAAAGAUCUUGACAGAAUGCGAGGAUGCUGAUGAGAUUGAAUACCUGGUGGACGGCUCUUGGUGUCCCAUCAAAGCGGAGAAAGAGAGAAGUUACAGCCCGCAGUGUCCAAUAUUAGUCGGCAGUGGAUCUGCCACAGGGGGAACCUCUGACAUCAAUGGGGCGUUACCCUCAACCCCCAGUGUGGAAAACGGCAAGGCUCCUGCUGACGUGGUGGACUUAACACUGGACAGCUCAUCCUCUGAGGAGGAGGAGGAGGAGGAGGAGGAGGAGGAGGAGGACGGCGGGCCCAAAAGGAAAGUGCCCCGCGUAUACAAGAACGGCUUGGCUUCUGCCUGCUGACUGCAGGGGGCACACCAGAACCUCCGAGUGGAAAAGCUUGAAUACCUUGGUGCUUACUCAGAUCUGGGAAGAGGGGCUUUUUCUCCCUGCCCAGUUCCCUCUGCCCUUCAGUCUCGUCCCUGAUAGCUUCCCUUUGACUUCCCAGUUUCAAGUUAAGACUUUGGGAAAAGACCCGUGGGGGGAAAGGGGCGGCACUGUUCCAUGGCUGGAAGAAAUCCACCUGGCGAAACGAUCUCCAGCGCUCUUGGCCUCCAGCUCAGCUUGAACUGCCUUGGGAAGCUGGGGAGCAUCCCCCUCUCACACACGCAGCCUGUUGGGAGUUUGCCACUGACCCAGUUUCCCCUCCUUGCUCCCCUUUCCUCCCUCCCCCAUCUCUUUCUCCCCAGAUGCUUUUUGGAUAGCCCAAAGCUGGCUGGCUGGAGCUUGUCCAGGUACGGGUGGGUUGUCUGAACUUUCACAGGCCUCCAAAGUUGUGUGCGUCUUUCCAGUUCUUUGCCUUGUUCAACAUCUGUUCCCAACACAAGCGCACAGCCUUCCCUUUCUCUCUCUCCCUCUCUCUCUCCCCACUCCCUUUGCUGGACAUUUUGAGUACGAGAUGCUUUCCUCACCAGUUGGGCUGAGAGGUUUCUAGAACAUGGCAAGAUUCCCAGUGUGUCUGCCCCACCUCCGUUCCAUAGGCACGUAAGGUAAUUGUGGGGUGGGGGUACAGGAAGGGCAAAGACGGUAUAAAGCCAGCUUGACUUAGACAUGCUUGGCUUGUUUCCAGCUCCGAGAGAACCUCAUGUAAAGAAAAGAUGGGAACUCCUUUUUUUACCCUGUUCCGAAAUUAAUGUAGAAUGCUAGCAUAGUGUUUCCCCCUCCUGUGUUCUUUUCUUUUUUAAGUUGAACAGAAGCCAUUGCAGGGGGCGUGGGUGGGAGGGGG